AUGACAGACACAAUUCUUGGAGUUGAAAUAAGUGAGUUUGUGGCUAAUCGUCAAUAUGCUAAGAUUCAAUAUUUACAAGAAGAAAACAAACAAUUAUAAGAUUAAUUGAAGGAUAUGGAAAAAGCAUUAAAAUUGAAUAAAGAAGUUCUUCGUUUAACACUUGAACAAAAGUAUUAAUACUUUCAUAAUUAAAUAAGUCUAAACAAUUCUGGUAAUUCAACUAAUUCUGGUGAACAUGUUCAAACUAUUCAAUUGUAAAUAAAAUUACAUGAAGAAAAUGAAAUGUUGAGAAAUUAAAUGGUUAAAUUGACAGAUGAACGAAAUUUAGCUUAAAAUAAAGUAAAUAUUUCUAUAUAAAUAAGGUUUUGUUGUCAUAGCAAAUAUCUGAAGAAAACUAAGCGUUUUAUAAAGAUCUUAUUGUUGAAUUAGAAGAUAAACUAAGUGAAUUGAGAAGAUGCAUUUAAGAUAAAGAAUACACUAUUUAAGAUAUUGAAAAGAAUAGAGGAUUGAUUGACAAUGGAUAGAUGGUUAAGAUUAGAGAAAUUGUAACACCACAUGAAUAAUCAUUAAGAUUACAUGAAGAAUUAGAAUCAACUAGAUAAAUAUUAAAUAAACUUUCUUAAGAAUCACAAAAUUUACAAGAACAGAACAAAUAACUUAAAGACCUUAAUCAAGUAUUUUUAAAAAAUGUAUUUUUAGAAUUUCAAAAGAGAAUUAAUUAAACUUCGUAUCAUUUUAAGAAGUCCCUUAGCAUAUUAUAAAAUGAAAAGUAAGAUAUUCUUCAUGAUGUUAAGAUUUUAUUUAUAAUGAUGAUCCAGGUAAUUCAGCUGAUAAUCUCUCAUUGCAUGAAGAAAUAUUUUAAAAUCAGCCUUUUAAUUAAGCUCCUAUGGAAUAAUCUAAUUAACCUUAAUAUAGUAAUUAAGUGGGAUUCUAAUAAACAUCAACAAAUACUAUGAAAUAUUUAACAAAUAAUGAAAGGUACUGAAAUUAAUUUUUGAAUUUUUUAGAGCUAUUUAUAUGGAAAAAUUAUAAAAGACUGAAGCAUUAUUAAAAGGAUAUAAGGAAUUAUUUGAAAAAGAAAAGAAUAAAGUCUUAUUGUUAGUCUAACUUACAGAAGAUAUGGAAAAAAAGAUAAACGAAUGUUAUAAUUAAAAUGAUUAACUUAUCAAGGGAAUUAAGAGUAGAGAUUAAAAAAUAGAAUAAUUAUAGGCUGAAGUUUAAUAUUAUAGAACUUAAUAUGGAAAUUAUAUUCAUUUUCUUAAAAAUAAAAGAAAGAUUAAUUUAAAUUUAUCAUUUUAAUUGAAGGAACAAACAAAUAAUUUAUAACCUACUCCUCCUCCAAUUACAAAUACAAAUAAUAAAAUCUUAAAUGAAGAUUAAGAAGAUGGUUAAUAAUAUGUAAAUAUUAGUGUAAUAGACUUUGCAGGUGGAGAUUAAUCACCUGAAUUAUGGAAACCAGAUGGAUAAUAAAAUGCUAAAAAAAUUGUUAAUAAUAUUUAAGAGCAUAAUUAAUCUUAAAUGAAUUUGUUAGAAAGCAAAUAAUUCUUGUUAAAUACUGCUAAAGAUCUUUUUAUUCAUUAUAAUUUGAAAAUGAAUAAUUUGAAAAAAAAAUAACUUAUGGAUCCAAAAAAAUGUAUUAAAACUAAACCAAUUUGGCAUAUUAAGUCUAGUAGUGAUCCUUUAGAUUAUUUUACUUUAUAAUAUCAUAAUCUUUAGCUAUCAGGUAAAAAUGAAAUUAAAUACAAUGAUAAUUUGGGACAUUUCUUUAAAAGAAAAAGGCCUGAAUAAGACUGGGAUGAAAUAUUUAAAGUUGACUUUUCAAUGAUUUAAGGAGAAAAAACUAAAUAAAUUAUAUCUGAUAAUUUUGGAUUUAAUGAGAUGGGUUUUAAUUGAUAAAUAAAGAUUGACACAU